GCUCGUUGUGGAGGCCCCUUCCGAUUCUACGUCACCCGAAGCUCAUCAAGGGUUGAGUUGGGCUGCUGGUGUGUAACUGAACUUAAGAGCUCUCUAUCAACGGUGUCAAUGCUCCAACCUUCCCCGUCAGAUUGAGAAAAUUUUGAUCUUGUACGCAAUGGCACCCAACGUAGAUCCGGCACUCAUUGAAGCUCUGCAUCUAGAUCCAGAGCAGACCAAGAUUGCGUCGCAUGGCGCUUCUGGCUUUGCGUCGUCGUUUAAACUCACAUCCGUCGUCGAUGGUCAGCCCGCAAACUUCUUCGUCAAGAUGGGGAUGGGGAGAGAUGCAGAAGUCAUGUUCAGAGGUGAGCAUGAAUCGCUAAACGCAGUCCACAAUGCCGUCCCAAACUUUUGCCCAAAAUCGUACGCCCACGGAGAAUACCAGGCAUCGCCGGGCAAGCAUUUCCUGGUGACGGACUUCCUGGACCUGGGGUCAUCCGCACCCGGCGGCUCCGGCCUCUCCCUGGCAGCGAAGCUCGCCAAGAUGCACACGACCCCGGCGCCCGUCCCGGAAGGCUUCGACAAGCCCAUGUACGGCUUCCCGGUGACGACGUGCUGCGGCUCGACGCCGCAAGACAACUCGUGGAAGGAGUCCUGGGCCGAGUUUUACGCCGAUAACAGGUUGCGUAGCAUCCUCCGCGCCGGAACCGAGCACAACGGCUCCGACGGGGAGCUGUCCAAGGCCGUGGAAACGGUCGCCAGCAGAGUCGUCCCGCGGCUGAUCGGCGACGGCCACGUCAAGGGCAUGAAGCCGGUGGUUGUGCACGGGGAUCUCUGGAGUGGGAACCAUGGCCGGGGUCGCAUCGGCGGCAAGGGCGGCGCCGAGGAGGUGGUGUACGACUCUUCGGCUGUGUACGGUCAUUCCGAGUACGAACUGGGCAUCAUGAAAAUGUUUGGCGGGUUCGGGAGCACGUUUUGGAACGAGUACAACAAGCUGGUCCCCAAGGCCGAGCCGAAAGAGGAAUGGGACGACCGGGUUGCGCUCUACGAGCUGUAUCACCACCUCAACCAUUACGCCAUGUUCGGCGGGGGCUACCGUAGCGGUGCGAUGGGGAUUAUGAAGAAGCUGAUUUCCAAGUACGGUUGAGGCCAUCACGCGAAAAGUGUUGGAUGGCUUGCACGUCAAAGCCGGCCCGCGCCGCCGGAAACCAUAACUUUAGUAGUUAGCAUUUUGACUAGGUACCUAGCAGCCAUUAGAAUGACAGCUCCUAGUUGCAGGGCCGAGUGAUCUCGGGUGAUAUUCCUCAUCAUCGUUCUGGAGUGGAGGUGAUGGCGUGCCCCAUGAUAGGGGUCGCAAACAGUCACCGCUCGUCAUGCCCACGAUGGUGGGCUCCCCACGUUGCCAUCAUGCCGUCCGAUGAUUUUCAUGGGAUUUGUAGGGGGGUGUGGAGAGGAUUCACAUGCCAGGGG